AGUUCGCUUCGGGUUCCGGUCCCUCCAAACAAAUAGUUGCGGCGGUCGCUCGUUUGCCAGCGUAGAGCAAAACAGUCAGAAUAGAUUUGAAAAUAAGAUUUUGCAUGAAACAAAAUUUGUUUUUUCAAACCGAAUAGCGCGCGAGAAAUGCGAAUGCGACGCGACCCACGGCCACUUCAAAGCUACAACAAAUUUCAAUAAAAUUAUUUUCUGCUAAUACCUAGUACCUGAAUAAUCUAUAUAUCAUACCCCUAUUCCUGCAGCAUCAUAUAUAACCACAUGAGUAAAUGCAAUAUAGAAGAGUGAAACAUUAGUUGCAAUUAAGUCCUAAACAACGUUCAAAGGGACGGCACACAACGCCUUAAAAAAGUGAAACUUCAAUAAAAAAAAACAUAUAUAAAUAUAUACAUAUAUAAACAUAUAUAAAUAAAAAUAAUCAAAGGCUAUAAUGCUGACGUCCACCACAUCGACGGCCACGAUGACAAACUCAUCCUCAUCGGCCACACCCACGCCGGGCUCGACAUCAUCGAACAGCACAACGCUAGAGACGCUGCAGCAGCAUCAACAACAACAACAGCAACAGCAGCAACAACAACUGCAACAACAACUGCAACAACUGCAAGCAACAACAACAACAAAUGGCUCACGUCCGCCAUCGCGUGCUCCAUCCAUACUGGACAGUCCGACAUUGGCGCGUGUGGAACGCGCGCGUCUGCGACUGGAGCAGGAGCAGCGGGAGCGGGAACGGGAACGGGAGCGCGGCAGUGGCGGUGGCAGCAGCACCGGUACUGGCAGCACAGCCACUACCAUGAAUCGGGAGGAUAGCUUGGAGCGCAGCAUUCUGGAUCCCAAGCAAUCCCUGUUAGCUGGCCGCAUACCCGUGGCCUCCAUGACGGGUCCCAUUAAACGUGGACUUUUGUGGCAGCAACGAGAUCGCCUGUUCUCGCGCUGGAAGGAGAGAUACUUUGUACUAACGCGCGACUAUUUGCAUUGCUUCAAACGUGCUUCUGGUUCGGCAAAUGAACGUGCAUCGGAUAUGGGACAGUUUAUAUUUAAGGUGAAACUAGUGGAUGUGGAGAAGGUUGAAUGGUUGAAUCGGCGCUCAUAUAGUGCCAUCGGAUUGCUGCUGGGCCGUGAGGGACGCGUGCUCCUGCGCUGUGAUGACGGCCUUGAGGAUUGGUUUGAACUUUUGGAGGAAUGCACUAUGACCUCCAAGGAGCGUCGACGUGCGCUGAAAAUAGCGCAAGGUCCCCGCUCUCGUGCCUCGCUGGCUGCACCCGUUUCGCACGCCUCGCUCCAGUCCCAGCAUUUCGGCCUUGGCAGCAACUAUUCCAGCGCCCUGGACGACUGGCUUAUGGCCAAUGGCAGCGGCAUGGGCAGUGCUGGCUUGGCGCGCCACAAGAUCGGCGCCGGCAGUCUGAAUGGCUAUGCAGGCGGCAAUCCUUUCCUGUUCUCCGACUCAGUACCCGAUCUGAGUGCUUUGAAUAAUGAGAAUCACAAUCAUCACUUGAGUGGCAUUUCCACAAAUCAUUCGACACCCCAAAAGAUUCCCCAUAACAAUGCGAAUCUCAGUCGCUAUUCGAAUGGUUAUUCCUCGGCCCAGAAUUCCUUUACGCAGCCAGGUGGUGGCGCACUCUACGGCUCCCCACGACGCAUUUUUAUAAACAGCAGCUUCGGUUCCAAUCAGGUGGUCGAUGAGGAGACUGCCGAGGAGGCUGAGGUUCAGCUGCGAAGACCGCGACUAUUUAGGAACAUCAGCGCGCAGCCGGAUAAUGGCAAUGAGCUGGACAGAGAUUGGUUGUAUCGCAAGCCGCGUGCCCCCACCGAUAUGCGGCACUCAGUUCAACCGAUGCUGCCCACCCACAACGCCAAUGUAAGCGGCAGCAAUGCUGCUCUGGCAGCGCCCAGCAAAACGGAACUGGACUACUCGGCCCAUGACAGUGGAUUGGACACGCCCCCAUCUACCCAUCGACCCUCCAGUUAUCGGGAGGCCAGUCGUGAUAGUACGGAAACUAAUGGCAGCUCUUCGCGCGGCACUCUGCUCAACAACUCGCCCGGCGGCAGCUUUCGGGCCAAGAAGCUGAGCGCCAAGGUGGGAAACUUUAGUCAUCAGGUGAGCAGCGAUGUCCAUGGAUCCCGCUACUCGGUCCAGGAGCAGCGCAUAUUGAAGAUGCGCAACGAGGAGGAUCGUUGCGCCUCCAUCAAGCUGGCCAAUCGUUUGAAUCACAACAACGAACAGGCACCCACUUCUAUGUACGAUCCAAAUCAGAAUCGCUACUACAAGAAUGGCAAUGCCACGCCCCCCAUAUCGCUGACGCCCCAACACACGCCUCUGAAAAUGCACGGCUACGGCAACGGAAAUGCGAAUGGCAAUGGUUCGAAUGGCAAUGGCACGCUCAAUGGCAAUGGCACCGCUCUGAACGGAUCGGCCAUAUAUCGGGAGCGAUAUCAGCAUCCGGCACUGGCGGCCAUCAUAAACGAGGCGCAGGGCCUCAAGUUCCGAGAACGCGCCUAUUCGGACAGUCAGCAACGACGCCUCAACAACAACAACAACGGUUCGACGCCCGUGCCCGCCUCCCCGCUGGCCCAGAGACGCAAUAAUGUGCCGAUCUUUGGCACUCCAACGCGCGUAUAGCGUCUAAAGGUUUAAUAUCCCCCACAUAGAGUAUAUAUUACGAAUCUAUAAGAUGCAAACCAAUAAUAAGAGUAAUGCUGAGUUAUAGAUUACUAUUAGCCCUUAUAGUAGUAUAUCGUAUAUCGCUGAUGGCCGACUGCUCCAUUAGUUGAAGUCCAAAAGAGUAAUUAACUUGACUAUUCAUGAAUAUAUACUAUAAUUAACAAAAAUUGAUUUAACUUUAGUCCUAAGUAGCUCUGCAACUUGAACCAUUCAAACGAAAUUAAAUAAAGUGCGUAGUUACAUUAAGAAUAUUCUAUUGAAUUAUGUACUAUACUAUAUCUAUGGAAUUUAAUUAGCAAUU